AACGAGCUGAGUAGAUCAAACUAAUUUCCAAGAAAGAUGUUCGAUUUUCGUUUCUCUGUAAAGCAUGGGGUUCAAGCGGGUUGUGAGUUUGCGUACGAGUGGAAUCGAAAAAUAAUACAAAGCAGGUAACCAACACCCAAAGAUUAUAGGAAAAAAUAACCAACCACAAAUUCAGGGUCGAUUGAAGCCUCAAAUUGCCGUUUUCUUUUCAUAACUACAAAAAAUUCCCAGCUCAUGCUGGACUAACCAGUGAUAUCACUAUGCCGUCUUUUGUUGAGGCUAUUGACGAGAGCCUUCUUGGCGGCGGCCUACGAGAUAGGUUGGCUCAUGCCAGUGACCUUUGGCCGGGAGAUCCUCGAUCGGCCAUUGAUUGGUUCUUGGAAGAAGGGAAUGUGCCUGCGCAGACAAUUAAUGUUAUGACCUUUGUGAGAUCACUCCUGGGUUACUUCGACGACGAAGAGUAUGUUUGCGGUCGAAUCCUCUCUCUUCUGGGAGCUUAUACGCUUGAAGAUCUGGUUUUGUUGCUUUUCCCUCGCAAUGUGCUGGAUCAAAAGCUGGAUGUAAAUCCAGCCGACUUUCCAUAUAAUUGGGCAACAACAAAUUUAACGAUCACUAAAUUGGAACAAGUUCGCGCCGAGUUCCUAGAUGAUUAUUCACUCGUUGUCAUGCUUAUUUUGUUGAGGGAAAAUAAGUUCUCCAUCGCAGACCGCUCUGAGCGUAUAGCCGAGUGCAUUCUAACUGCGAUGGCGCUCUAUAAGCUUGAUAUUGGAUCGCAAAAGCUUCUGCCCCUUGUGAAGAAAAGCUUCCCCGAUUUGGGGGACGCAGAAUUUUCUUCAGCCAUUGAACUUAUCAAGUCUUUGAAAAUUCUCUGCAGCUUCGUUGAAGAUCCGGAGGACGUGGCACAUCUUUAUAACUCCAACUAUCGUUCUGUGCGAAGCAUCACGGUCCAGUCAAAGAAUAACUUCAAGAAUGAGUUACUCGCGGCUGGUGCUAGCAUCGAGAAUGCCCUCAAAAUCUAUGACUGCGCUGAGCGCGUGGACUGCUGGAACGAGCAACUCUGGCUACAUCUGAUGAAUUCCCGUAGGGCAGACUCGGUCAUGAUUGAUCCUUACUUCGAAGCAGAGACAAUCGAUGCGCCAAGUGAUGAGACUUGGAUGGGCAAGUCUCACAAUAACCUCACUGAUAUCUUUCAGCUCGAAGAUUUGACCUGCGAGGAAUGCUGCUCGGUCACUUCCCUCUCCGCCUAUUUCGCCGACCUUAUGAAUUUGCUCAGUAAUACGACUCCAACAGGGGAAAUUCCAAAAGUCCAAGACCCACCAGGCACUCGGAAUAGUCUGCUAAAUCAUCUGUCACGACGGCGCCCAGAUCUCAGGAAACUUGAGCUCACCUGUGCAAACUCGCAGACUAUGAUUCCGUACAUCAGUCUCGUAAAUGAGGUGCUCGAAUCUUUCAUUCGCCAUAAGUGUCUUUCUUCUCCUGAUUCUAUUCGUGCAUUUAACACCCCCGUUGAUGCGCCAGACGAUGGUCAUUCCCUUCAGCCGCUCAAUCUUCCCGGAAAUACAGACUAUGAGGUCUAUUCUAAGGUUAUCUCGCAUCAAAAAUUCCCCUUCACCUGUUUUCCUUACGACCAGGCACGGAACAUGGUAAUCUCGUACUUCAACAUCUUCCAAGUAGCACAUCGUGACUUUGUUGAUGUGUUUCAAGCCCCGGAGCUUAUUCUGCACAAAAUAAAAGGGAAAAUCACUAACGAUGACAUGGAGAGAUCGCUAAUCUGGGGAGCAGGAGAGGUAUUGGAGAGGCAAAGAGCAGCAGAAGCGUUGGGCCUGCACCAGAUGGAAUUUGCAGCAAUUACAGGGGAAAGCUUUUUUCCCCAGUCUUUGAGUGACCUCCUAAGAGGUCUUUCGAGUGACACCCUCAUUGAUACGGGCAUACAAGAAUACGAGUUUUGCCAGUUGUGGGGCUACGAGGAUGAUGAGACCAUGUUAGGAAGUGCCAGCGGCUUAUCACAGAUUAAAAGCCAACUUAUGCAGAGGUCUGGCUUGGAAUUUCAAGACAUUCUUGACCUCGUAAAGACUCAAUUUUUCGGCCAGCAACUAGUCAUUACGAACGAGUCUGGGUCCAACGAGUUUACCGAAUCAAUUGCGGAUCUUCGACUACUGUCGAACGCAUCUAGCCCACCAUUUCAACCUCUUACCUCAAAAAUAUGCAGAAAUCUCCAAUCAUUCCUGCGUUUGAAGGCUAAACUUGGCUGGUCGACCAGAGUACUAGAUGCUGCUAUUUACUGCUUACGCAACAGGGAAUUGGAGAACUCACCGUCUUUUAAGUCGAGCACUACAACUGAAUUACAAUCAAUUUCCGUCUAUGUGAUCAAAGGCAUUGCUGCAAUUGUUAAGUUGAAUGAUCUGUGCGGAAUAGAACCUGCUUCUCUUAUUCCUCUGUGGGGCACCAUUGAUUCAUUCGGAGAAGAAUCACUCCUUCACCGCAAAUUUCUUCGUCCUUCUUUUGGGCCAAUAUUCGCAGUUCCUAAAGAUGCUUCUUACUUUCAGCCUGAUGGGAAAACAUACAAAAUUCAAGCAUGCGGUGCCAACAUCUGCGCAAGCCUCAAUUGGCGUUUUGAAUACUUCGAAGAUCUUCUCCAAGCCACAAAUCUCACGAAUGCUGAUCUAAGCAUUGAGACCUUUUCUAAUUUAUACCGAUAUGUUACAAUAUGUCGGAUUCUUUCUGUCAGCCCCAAGGAAUGUGUGCCAUUCUUCAAGGUCUUCUUCGAGAAGGAAAAUCCCUUGGCAAGUCCUAAAACCACACUUGCUAAUAUAACACAUUGGACGACGCUACUCAAUUCAGGUUGGACUAUCGAAACACUUCUUUUAGUUCUUGGAGAAAAUAAAAGUAAUGACAGCAGUAUGACAGCAGGAAAUUCUGGGCUGCAGCUGACGAGCGCAAUACUGGAAGGGAACAAAGAAUUGAGAAAAUCGCUUUCAUCCCUUUUCAGUGGAGCUAUUCCCACUCCUGAGACUGUCGUCGAAUGUGCCGGACGUGCCUUUGACUCAGUUACGGCCAAGCUAGUGGUCGAGUUUGUUGAAGGUGAAAUUCCCUGUAUUCUAUUGCUUAUGUUCUAAUACACUAACAUCUAUUCUGCAGGUUCCCAAGUUAAAACAAAUGUUGUAACACUUGACACACAGCAAGAUUUACAAAGAAUCAUAGACCUGUCGAAGGACUGGCCCAAAAAAAUCUUAGUGAUUCCUUCCUCAACAGCCCAAAAGUAUUCUGCUCAAUUCAGGCUCUGCGGCCUUUUGACGACAGAAGAGAAGCAGAAAAUUAUGCUUGAUUCUUCAGUGCUACCUUCGGUAACUACUGCGCUGCGACGUCUCGUUGAAAAUUCGCUUCUUCCUCAGGCUGUCAUCGAGUCGCGCUUUCAGAACAACUCUCAGAAGCUUUCAAGUAAUAUCCUCAUGCAAGAUUGGGCUCCGAGCCAGCUCGGUGUAAACAAUCCGUCGGCAACCACGCCUGCUUCGACUCCUUCUCCAAAUGACAUUUUGAUCGAGACCGAGUCCCAAGUUCGAGAAAGAAGAACCGCGUUUGUUGAUUUGGCAGGGCCUGCAAUCGUGCAAGAUACUCUCACAACUUCUAUCCUCAACAUUAUGAAAGAUCUUGUACUAGACGUCGAUAUAUCAGUCCUCUCAUAUCUUCUUACAGAUACUGUGAAAGUAUCAACGAAUCAAAAUAAUGGACUUGAAUCAGCUAUGGCAGCCCUAAAACACCUGAGUGAACCGGUUAAACGGGAGAUUUCUGGCGAAAAGGUAAAUGCAUACUUCAUACCCACAACCACCGAUGAUUUCAUAUUGCACUAUACUGGCAUUUUAGAUGCUCCCAGCUUGACGAUAAACGGGAUUGAGGUAACAUUUAAUACUGCGUCGCAGGCGUGGAAUGCCUUUCGCAUGAAUUCUGGACAGUCAUACCUUCUACAGGGUGGAUUCCCUGCUGCGGAAAUCGCAUGGUCAACAAGCAGAUCAAUGAUGACCCUUUUCACGGAGGAAGAGCUUCUGCCAUCAUCGAUUGUUCAACGAGCCAAUUCAACCUUGGGCACCAUUCGUCGUGCAGUGUGCAUCUCUCAGACUGUACAACUGACGACAUCAGAACUUCAGUACAUCAACCGAAAAGAACAAGCAGAGCACGAAAUAUUGGCAAUGAAUCUCAAUUCACCGUGUUUGAUAGACUUGGUCCACCUUCAAGAGUAUCGUGAGCUAAGGGAUGGACUCCUCAACGUCAAUACGAAUAGUAACCUUACCAGUCUCUUUUCGUGGCUGUAUAACUCCGCCAACCCGGAUGUAAAAACAAUUGCAACCAAGAUAGGAGCGAGCACUGGUUGGAAAGAUACACUGGUAGAAAGCGUUCUGAAUGCAAAAUACCCAAACUUUACUCCUGCAGAUCUUGUAGCUACUUUGCGCCUCCAUGAUGCCUUUGUAAGCCUUAGAGCUAUUAUCGUCUUUUACGAGAAGCUAGGUGAUUCAUCCGAUGUCACCUCCAAGCCUCUUAUGGUUGAGCUCUUUGACCUUGCACGACCUCCACCACAGCUCCGUAGCGGAGAUACCUAUAUGGAAGCUGCUAAGAAUAUUCAAAACAGAUUGACGCCUUCACAACGGGAAACCGCGGAUGAAGGGUUAAUGGAGAGUCAGCGAAAGGCACUCGUAAAUUUUCUUUUGCAGCAAAAAUUCAUCACACAGGACCUUGGUAUUUGGGAUGCUGAUGGACUAUUUGAGUAUUUUUUGGUCGAUGUGCAGAUGGGCCCCCAAAUUCGAACUUCACGAAUCAAGCAGGCUAUUUCAGUUGUGCAGAUGUUUGUUCAACGAUGUCUGCUCGGACUGGAGGAAGGGGUCGCAAAAUCAGUUCUGGGGCAUGAGAAGUGGGAUUGGUUGCAACAAUACACCCUCUGGGAGGUUCAUAGGAAGAUUUUCUUGUACCCGGAAAAUUGGAUCGACCCUACACUUCGAGAUGAUAAAAGUGAGCUAUUCGACCAGUUCGAGGCCACCUUGAUGCAGAAAGACUUAAGCAUCAACACUUUUCUUCAAGCCAUUCAAAGCUACAUAUAUGAUCUAGACGGGAUUUCCAGUCUCGAUAUCGUCGCAUAUGUUCACGAGCCGCAACCGGCAGCCGCGGACAUUUUCCACUUAUUUGGGCGGACCCGAAGUGGACCGUAUACCUUCUACUAUCGCACUCUGACUAGGCUGAGGACCGCAGAGGUGUUUUGGCGACCAUGGACCAAGGUUGAGAUGGAUAUCCCAUCUAUUGAGACGGAGUGGGAAGGCCAGCGACUUGUGGAUACAGGAAGUUAUCUCCUUCCAAUAAUGAUCAAAGGCAGGUUAUACUUGUUCAUGCCAACGAUUAUGCCCAAGACAAUUGUGAAGAAUAUAUCAAGCCUAGAUGGACUAAACUCAUUCGAUGCUUUGCGCACUCAAAAACCAAAUAUAGCGGAGCCUGUGCGUAUUUGGGAGAUAACAAUGGCGUGGACAGAAUUCGUCAACGAAGGCUGGUCACCCAAGCGUGUUUCAUCCAGCAGUCUCAGUGUUGGUUUGGAUGCAUCGUCAUCGCAGUUGCGAGUUGAUCCUGACUUACAAGGCAAUACAUUGACACUUAAGGUCAGUUAUGGGCAGGCUGGAGAAACUACUUCCAAAGCCAUUGGUUCAUUCAUAUUUUGCAAUGACCAAAUGAGCACUGCAAACAACUUUACAACCUCCGCCCAGGCCGGAUCUUUUGAAACCUACUUUCAAAAAGCAUUGCAGAAAGGCAUGGACCUCGAAUCGCUGCCCGGAGGAACUAAUUAUACCAACCUGACAGCUCUACUUUGGGUACCACCGGAAUUAGAGAGCACGGGAGCGGUAGAUGUGUCGUGGACUUUGUCAAAAUUGCCACAGAGAGUAACGGGGCUCGUGGUCAGCGCAAAAGUUAGUGAGGGCAGAAGGGCAAGUUUCUUCAACAUACCAAAGUUGGAACUUCUCAGCUCAACCUGGACCAAAGAAAUCAUAAAAAACAAUACGGAACUAGUUUCAAUCGACCAUACAUUCUCACACGAACUCAUGGAAGCUACCGCUGAUCGCGUUGAUCCGUUACGCUGUUUGUAUAACAAGAUUGCACAGCUACCCGCUGGUACAAUGAGAGAGAGUUUUGGCGCUGGUAGUCACGAAGCAUGGUAAUUAUCCUCCAGUUCCCCUGAACCCGAAGUCUAGUGAAUGUUCGGGUCUGUCUUGAGGAGAACAUGAAAAAUUCUUAUCCAUUUUUCUGACUUUCUCAAACAAAAUAAAUUCGGAACAGGGAAACUGACUGCGCAAUAUUACAGGUAUCAUGAAUUAGGACGUCCUACCGCACUUUACAAGUAAGUUAAUUUUUCUAAACGCCGAUACAUCUUUUUUUAUAAAAAAGAUGGAAACCAGGUAUAGUAGGGAACAAAUUCCCAGUGGAAGUCGUGCAAAUAUUGGACAUUUGCUCUUGGGACGUAGCUCGAGGAAGUAAUCUUUCUGGCUUGGAAAUUGCAGAACGGGAUGGAGAAUUUCCAUAUUGUCGACCUUCUGGUGGUGAAGGAUUACUUUUUUUUCAAACACGUUCCUGAUUUUUUUACUUUUUUUUGGGAAUAACAGCUGAUCACGUUUGUAGCUGGGAAGUUGGAUUGCACACGGUGUUAUUGGCAGUUGAUCGAUUUUCCGUCACGCAGCAGUAUGAAGAGGCUUUGGAAGUUGCAAGACUGGUGUUUGAUCCUUCUGCAGAUCUAGAACUGGAUGCAAAUAGCCAAGGAAGCUACCGGUCAUGCUGGCGUUUCCCUCCAUUUCAAGAAAUGGCACGGCAAAUUGCUAGCCGUGGGGAGGAGUCAUUUGAUCCUUUGAAUCUCGAUCAUUUGAGCAAAGAGAUUCAACUUGCCAUCAAAGAGCGCCGUUCAUACGGCUCACUCGUGCAUGCCGCCGCCAGAGGAAGACCAGUCAGCUACAUGAAAUGGAUAGUAAUGAAAUACGCCGAGAUUCUCAUUGCAAUGGGUGAUGUUUAUUUCCGCAGAGCUUCCCUCGAGAGCUUACCGAUAGCUACGCAGCGAUAUAUAGAAGCCGCACGGGUAUUGGGGCGCGAGCCACCAAAAGUACCGGAUUUGGGAAAGAGAAAAAUGAAGGCGAUGACUUUUGAGCAAUUGAGAGAACAGGAUAUCAUGUACGACUCGGUCAUAUUUGAUUUGGGCUUGCCGUUCUCAGCCAAAUUGAAAAAAGGCGCGGCUGAGACGGCAGACAGGGAUCCAAAGAAGGAGAACAUUGCUUGUUUCCUUCGGACAAACUAUUUCUGCGCCCCUUUAAAUCCUAAAUUCAAGCAAAUGCGAAGCCUUGUCCAAGAGCGUCUGUAUAAUCUCAGGAAUUCUUUCGACAUUCAAGGAAAGCCGGUAGUCUAUGGCCUUCGUGAACCACCUAUUGAUCCAGGAGCCUUGAUUGCCCUUAGCAAACAAGGUUUGGGGGUAUCCGAUGUGCUAAGUAUGGUUUCUGGCGAACGAGAUAGUCCACUGCCUCGACAGCGUUUUGACACUCUUUUGAGGAAGGCUCUAGCACUGUGUAGUGAGGUGCGAAAACUUUCCGGACGCCUUCUUUCCGUGGUAGAGAAGAAAGAAAUUGAGACUUUCAACAUCGGCAAUGCUCAACAUAGCACAGUAAUACAGCAAAUGAUGCUGGACAUCAAAAACGUCGAGCUUGAAGAGGCACAGCAAACUGUUGAGUCGCUCUUGAUGAGCCGUGGCUCGCUAGAGGCACAGUUGAAUUACUACCUCCAACUUAUCGGCGAGCCAGAUUCCAUGAUUCCAAAGCCUAAAGACGACUGGGUUGAUAUCCAGCAGAGUUUUGAUGCACCAACAAAGGACGAGUUGCGAAUGUCUUCAUAUGAGGAUUCGGAGAUGAAAAAAUCUCUCUCUGCCGCGGCCAAAAAUCGUGCAGCCGUAGUCACUGACGGAAUUGCUAUGCCCCUGUAUGUUGUACCACAAGCAACAACCAAUUUCGAGCCUCUUGGUGUUGGUGGAUCUAUUUCCUUCGCUGGCAGCUCCAUUGCUGAUGCCAUAGCGGCGGGGUCCACGUUGGCGAGAGGCAUUGCUGCCGUGUUAGCAGAUGAAGCAGCCCGAGCAGACAAAAAAGCCAACCUUACAAUGCAGUUGCAGGAACGGAGACUCCAAGCAAAUAUAAAUGGACGCGAAAUUAAGUCAAUCGACAAAGAGGUUGAAAUCCAAAAAAUCCAUAUCAAAUCAAUUCAGAAGGAAAUUGAAAUGCAAAAAUCCGAAGUGGAAGAUGCUGCCGGCGCUGAGGAGUGGUACCGCACCAAGUACACCAGCGAACAGUUAUACACAUGGAUGGAAAAAGGUCUCAGAAAUCUUUAUUUCCAAGCCUACGAACUAGCCAUGACUAUGGCUCUUCGAGCAGAGAGCUCUUUUAACUUCGAAAGCGGAAGCAAAGGCUCCAUAAUCAGAAGGGGUGGAUAUUGGAACCCAGCUCAGGACGGCCUUCUUGCUGCUGAGACCCUAUAUUUGGACCUAAGAAGACUCGAAAGUGCGCAACUGGAAGCACCUGCUGCUGACUACAGCAUCAGCAAGACAGUGUCUCUAAAAGACUUUGACCCUCUGGCUUUGAUGAAACUCAGGGUUACAGGAACCACUGAUUUCUCUAUCGGCGAGUUGCUUUACGACAUGGAUUUCCCGGGACAUUUCAUGCGCAGGAUCAGAUCUGUUAGCGUCUCGGUACCAUCAACUUUAGAGGCAGGAACUAGCACUAAUGCCGUCUUGACGUUAUUAGAGCAUAAGUACCGUGUGACCCAAAACGCUGCUGACUAUGCCGCUUCCCAGUCAUCUGCCGGCAGUGAAGCAUUCCGAACCGACCGUAUCCCCAUAGCAUCAAUAGCUGUAAGCUCUAGUGCCAAAGACUCCGGAGUGUUCGAGCUCGAUUUCUCUGGUCCCCGGUACAUGCCAUUCGAGGGCGCAGGUGCUAUUUCAACAUGGCGUCUCGAAUUCCCCUCGCCAAUCCGCCAUUUCGAUUACGAGACCAUUAAUGACGUACAACUACACGUGCAGUACACCGCGUAUGAGGGAGGUCCAACACUGAGAAAGGCAGCGAAAGACGCUGUGAUUCAAGCCGCUCAAACAAUCGAGGCCCAAGGUCAACAUCAAGGAUACUGGGCACUUUGGGACCUCAAGAACGACUUCAGUGAUAAAUGGGGCGACUUCCAAAGCAAACUUCUCAGCACUGCGGCGGCAACUCUGGACCUCGGUAAUCUAAAAAAUCGUUUGCCUUUCUGGUCACGUCAUCAGGGAAGUCUCCAAGUUCAAACUUUCACUUUGAUGUCUCGAAGUAAAAACGUAAGAGAUAGAUUGAGCAUAUCGGUGGAUCCAAGUGCACCGGAAUAUAAAGGGACUGAUGGUAUUUACUGUGGCGAUUUCUUUUCCAAAACUUGUGAUAUGACGGAAAAGAACUUAAAUUGGAAAAUCUUGGCGAAAGCAGUUGCACCUGCGGCGGCCGGAGGAGAAAAUAUUUAUUUGUUUAUUCGUUAUAUUUAUGUUGGGAAAAAUAUUUCAUAAGUCGAUUAUUUGUGGAUUUCCUGAAUAUUUUUAUAUCUAGUUAGUAUUUUUGAAUAGUUUUGAAGGCUUUAAAUGUUAUC